UGACACGCCUCUCCCGUCUUAUGAAUGAAAUGGAACAGGCCGCUGAUGCCACGCCCCCUCCGCGCUCAACGUUAUUGUUGUUUAUGUCAGUCAGAGACGUUUGAUGGAGGAAGUGACCAAAAACACCCAAACAAACCUGUCGAGUUUCCCCAAAAGCGACAACUCCCGCAGCUUUUCAGGGACGUUAUGAAAAAUAGGAUUAUUGCCCCGAAACAUAUGUUAACACAGGGGGUAAUAAACUCAUGGAGCUGCGCAACGGCACACAGGGGAGAAUAACGCGCCUCCGGCGGAGCUGCAAGCGAGCCAAGCCGCCCAGCGUCAACAUGAGGCGGGAUGCCAGUAAAGUUCUGCGCCCGCUGCCUGUGGAGACCAACGAGGAUGAUGAGGAGCUCAUGGAGGAGGAGGACUGUUUCUCCACGGGCUUCCUCAAGCGUGACAGUCUCCAUCCCGCGGUGUUCCUCAAGACGCCCAGGUAUAGCUUGAUCCGGGAGGUGGGUCGCGGGAGCUACGGUGUGGUGUACGAGGCCGUCGCCCGCAGGUCCGGAGCCCGGUUGGCGGUGAAGAAGCUCCGCUGCGACGCUCCAGAGAAAGUGGAGCUGGCGCUGGCGGAGUUCUGGGCCCUGGCGAGCCUGGAGAAGAAGCACGAGAAUGUGGUGCAGCUGGAGGAGUGCGUGCUGCAAAGAAACGGGAUGGCACAGAAAAUGAGCCAUGGGAACAAACGAAACAAGCAGUAUUUGAGAUUAGUGGAAACUUCACUCAAAG